UAUUGCUGCUUGGUGAACAUUCGAAUUAGUUGCUAAGGGUUUGCAGAACGACCAGCAGCAAAAUGAAGACCAAAGGCGCAACAUUGAUCAUACUUUGUAUUUGUAUAGCGGGUUUCCUUCCUGGAAAUGGAAAAGCCGAUAGUGCAAUUGGCGCGGUAGUGGAAUUGAUGAUUAGCAACUGCGUUAAAGUUUAUGAUCGACUAAACAUCGGUGUUACGGAAACUGGCACCUACUUGUUUACGACUCAAUAUUUGACAUGGGAUGAAGCUCGUCAGUAUUGCAAGGGGCUCGGACUCGAAUUGGCCACAACGGACACCAAGUUGAAGACGGAUGUUAUUUUUGAAGAAGCACUUGAUAAAUUUAAAAAUGAAACUGCCCGCUUUUGGACCAGCGGAUCAGACAAGGGUCGCAAACCUGGAAAAUUCUUUUGGUCAAACGGAAAUGCUCUGAAUGAGUCCCUUUGGCUCUCUGGCCAACCGAAAAACGUCAAUGACAAGGAGCCGUCGUGCAUCACCCUUCGCAAGGGUGGACUGGGCGACUGCCCUUGCAGUGUGCGCAGGAGGACCGUUUGCGAAUAUAUUGAAUAAAUUUUCCGGCAGUUCCGACACGUUGCAUAAUAUGGAGCUUUAAUUUUACUCCGUUUUUUCUUUUCCUUUAUAAAUAAGUACCACAAACAAUCUUUUCGUUUAUAUGAUUGGACAAUAAUAACUUAAAAUCUUGUUAAAAAAAAACAGCAAACUUUUUUAUUAUGAUUUCUUCAAAUUUUCAAUUAUAACUAUUUUAAAGUAAAAUUUUGAGCAAAAAAUUAUGCAUCUGUCAAACAAAUUUUAAAGCAUAAUCAUCCUUGUUUGUAACUGUCAUAAAUUUUGUAAGGUUCAGAACUAAAAAUUAGACUUCUUAUUGAUUAAACGCA